AUGAUAAAUACCGGAGCAACACAUUCAAUUAUCACAGAAAAAACUCUUCGAAGAACAAAAUAUCGAAAGUUUAUUACCAACAGAAAUCUUCAAUUAUUCAUGGGAGAUGGAUAUUCUCCAUUAGAAGCUAUUGGCGUUGUCGACCUUGAUAUAAAAAUUAAUUCAACACUAACCACAAUUUCUGCAUUCGUUGUCAAACACCUUAGUGCUGACUGCCUACUUGGAAUGGAUUACAUUAACAAAUACAAACUAAAACUCGAUAUGGCUGAGCAUACUAUUUCAAUUCGUACCAAUCAAACAACCACAACGAUAAGCAUCAAUCAGCAACCUGAAGAGUUACGACUUCCUGUUCGUUUAAUUAACUCUGUUAUCAUCCCUCCACUGCAAGAAGUUUCAGUUCUGGUGUCGGCCGGAAUAUCAUCGGCAUCGGUACUGUUUAAACCUUCUUUUAAUCUCAAACGGCAAGUUCCUCUUCUCAUGUGUAAUUCAAUAUUAGCGGUCGAGCGUCAUACAACUUCUGUUCCUCUUUACAAUCCUUCACAUUACGCACAAUAUUUAUCAAAAGGCAUUAUCCUUGGAACAAUCCGAUUUCCUCCAGACCACAAUAUUAGCCUUCAAGUUGAUAAUAUUCCUGUAUCAGAUAAUUGUGAAUUAAAUAUUUUAAGGUUAUUAGCACACAUCCAAGAUGAGACACAACAUUCAAAAGUAAAAUCUGUUUUACUUCAACGCCGAAAACCUUUUGAUAAUUCAAAAUCAACUAUCGCAACAACAACCCUUUAUCAUACCAUACCAACAACUGGUCAUCAUCCCUUCGCUUCAAAACCUUUCCCUCUCUAUGGUGAAAAACGACAAGAACUCAAGAAACUUUUAGACGAGCUACAACUUUAUGGGCAUAUUCGUCGAUCUGAUUCGCAUUAUGCUGCACCAGCUAUUCUCGUCGAAAAGAAAGACAAAAAAUAUCGACUUGUAGUCGAUUAUAGACAACUUAAUUCAGUUACAAUCAAAGAUCCAUUUCCACUACCUCGCAUGGAAGAUACACUUCAAGAAUUGGGUCAAGGUUAUCGUUAUUUUUCAAAACUCGAUUUAAAAUCUGGUUUCUUCCAGUUUACCAUCGACGAAAAAGACAGACACAAGACUGCGUUUACAACUUCCUUCGGCGUUUUCGAAUUUACAGUUCUUCCUCAAGGUCUUAAAAAUUCACCUCCGUCGUUCCAGAGAAUCAUGAGUCGCAUCCUUGAACCAUGUCGUCCAUAUUGCAUUGUUUAUAUUGAUGAUAUAAUUAUUUUUUCACAAACUUUCGAAGAACAUCUUGUCCAUCUUCAAAAUGUUACUUCUCUUCUUGAACAAAAUAAUUUACAAUUGUCUCAGAGUUGUAACCGGUCUGGAAAUACUAGACCGGUCCGGUCCGGCCGGUCUAAAAGUAUUUCCAGACCGGUAAAACCCGGCGAGUUCAUCAAGUUUUUUCAAGUAAUAACAUUGAUAUUAGCGACAAAAUUUUGUUCUGAAUACCUACAGAUUUUUACGCCUGUCUUUUCUGUAAUGCUUAUACUAGAAUUCUAAUACGAAAAAACCAACCAACAUUUUCAAGAUUGAGUUUCUUCUGCAUGAGAUAAG